ACCAAAACAAAAAAUAUUUAUAAAUAUUAAUAAUGGAGGUUGAUUUGACUGACGAAGAAUAUGUUGUACAAAGAGCCAAGGAAGCGUUUUUAACAAGCCCACUUCAGGCUAAAGCAUGGAUGAUAACAGCAAAAACUUUAUAUCCUGAUAAUUUCGGUGUACAGUUUGAAGCAUAUUUUAUUGAGAAGAGUGCUGGGCAUGUUAAGGAAGCAGCUAGAUGUUUCAGUGAACUGAUUUCAAAAUUUCAACAACAGGCAGAAUUACUUAAAGAAAUUGAAAAGGUUACAGUGGCAUUGAGAGCAGAAAGUGAUUCAAAUGAUCAAGAAAAACAAUUUUUGUGUGAGAUGUUCAGACACAUAUCUUCUGAUGUGCAACAUAAACUUUUGUUAUGUACUGCUGACAACUGUGAAGAUACCAUGGAACAUUGCAGACUGCUAUUACUGCUCUUACAAAGAUUUCCUACUGCAAUAGCCAGCAAUGGGCCUAGACUAGUCGAAACAUUAAUAAGUGCUGAAAAACACAGUGAAGAUGGACAUAUUCCUAUAAAUUCAUAUAGAAAAUUGUUAGUUGCAGAAUUGUUGCCUUUACUUGCACAUGAUAACAAUAAAGUUGAGCUGUCUCCAAAACUCCUUUAUAAAUUGUUAAAUAAAUCUAUAGAGUUCUAUAUAUGUUACUUGGGAUUGUCUGCAAGUGGACAAGAAGCUGAACUCAAAAUGGAUGAUCCAUGGAAGAAGCUUUUCCACAUUCUUGAGUUUAUUGGGAAACAACUGAAUUGGGAUCCAUUCUUGACAAAUUUUAAAAAUAAUUGGUCCAAAGAAGGCUACUGGCAAAUAUUGAUGAAUUAUUAUCAAAGCAAACAAUCAAAUUCAGAUGAUCGGCAACUUAUCUUUUGCCUGUGUGUAUUUUUUAUGCAUUGUUUAUAUGAAUAUAAAAACUGUUUAACACCAGAAUCCAGUCCUGGCCAAAUACCUACUUCCUUUGUAUUAGUUGAAGCUUUUACAGAUAAGAACUUGCCUUUGCCUGUAACUGAAACAAAAGCGAAAAAACGUAAAAGUGACAAUGACUAUUUAUUUCCCCAUAUAUCUGUUGAAAAAUCUGAUUUUAAAAAUAUGCCAAGUAAUUUUAUGAUUUGUGUUAAUUGUUGGGACCUGAUAAAUUCAUCUGAGAUGUUACAAAGAGAAUUUGCCAAAUUAACAAGCUUUCUAAAAUUGGAUAAGUGGAUGGCUAAUUUUAUGAUUGACUACAGCAUUUACAAGGAAAGAUAUGAAGAAGCACUUAUUUUUCUACAUAAAGUGGUAGAACCAUCAAUUCAGCUUAGUAAAUUUAUCAGGAUAGCAAGCAUAUUUUUCAAUAAUAAAAAUUACCCAGCCUGCUUUGAAGCCAUUAAUUCAUCAAUGCCUCUGUUGCCAUCAAACAAUUCUGGUUCUUUUAGCAACUUGUUGAUUGUGGGAGGAAAUCAAAGACAUCUUCACUAUUUGCCCAUUACUAGAUUUUCAGUUCUUCAAUAUUUAGUGAAGAUUCUUUUGAGAUGUAUUUUGAAUAAUUUGGAGAAAAAUAAUUAUAGUGAAUUAGCAAUAGGAAACAUUUUCACUUUGGUUCAAUUAGAUUGGCCCCAAGAAGAGGAUGUUGUUCCUCCCUUAAUUGAACAUAUUAAACAACAUGGUUCUUUUCAUUAUCCACUAUUCCAGAAUUAUUUGAUAAAUGUAGAUGUACUGGAAGAAUUGACGUAUCUUUGGACACAAGGAGGCCAAAUACAAUUAGAUAUUUUACCACAUUUAGGGAGCCAAAGACGAAUUGGAACAAGGGGGGCAGAUAAAGGGGUCAAAGAAGAAAUAAAACAAUGCAUCAAACGACAAAUCGCACGGAGUAAUGAAAAUUUAGAUAUAUUAUUAGAGAAUUUCAUUACCUUGGAGCGCAAUCAUAUUAAACCUUGUUUACUUUAAUACAAUUUUGCAAAUAAAAAUUUUUCUUAAAUA